AUGAAGUCACACAUAAAAGGAGCAUUUUGGAAGCCCUCUUCAUCCUAUGAAGCCUCUUCUUCCGAAAAUAUUUCAAGCUAUACCCUAUCUUCAUCGUUAUCAUCAUCAUCGGAAUAUAGAGAUGCAACUAUUAGGAGUGCAAGUGGAGAGGAUGACCAACUUGUUGGAGAAUUUAUUUAUAACCCUUUUCGGAAAUUAUCAAUGAAUGAACAACGUAAACGAUUACCAAUAUAUUCCUAUCGGAAUUGUAUACUGUAUCUCGUUGAAAAAUAUAAUGUGGUGAUUGUGAGUGGAGAAACUGCAAGCGGAAAGACAACACAAAUCCCCCAAUAUUUAUUUGAAGCGGGUUGGUGUUCGAAUAAUCAAUCUAUUGUUUGCACUCAACCAAGAAGAAUUUCAGCCAUAGCAGCUGCUAAGAGAGUAUAUGAAGAAAAAAAAGCCUCUUUUUUUGAGAGUUCUGGAGCUUCCUCUUCUAGCAGCAUUGGAAUUUCAACUAGAAGCGGUGUCAUUACUCGUGAAAAUUCGUAUUUGGAGCUCGGAGGACUGGUUGGAUAUUGUGUCCAAUUUGAUGCAAAGUAUUCUAAUUUCUCACGAAUUAAAUUCAUGACUGAUGGCAUGUUGCUUCGUGAAAUGAUGGUCGAUCCUUUGCUUAGCGAUUAUUCUGUGAUCAUGAUUGAUGAGGCUCAUGAGAGGAGUGUCAAAACUGACUUAUUGAUGGGACUAAUGAAGAAAGUUUUACAAAAACGACCUGAAUUACGGCUUAUCAUUUCAAGUGCCACUUUGGAUGCCGAGGAUUUCUUUCAAUUUUUCAACGUACCACAACUCAAUUUAUCUUGUUACAUUGUUAGCAUUGAAGGAAGGAAUUUUCCUGUUGAUGUAUAUCAUGUACAGAAGCCUGUUUCAAAUUAUAUUACUUCAAGUUUACAGUGCAUAUUGAAUAUCCAUCGCAGUGAACCUGUAAAUUCUGGCGACAUUUUAGUUUUUCUCACAGGUCAACAAGAAAUAGAGGAGCUUAUUUCACUGCUUGAAGAAGAAAUAGAGAGAGAUGUGGAAAGUGGAGUCAUGAAAUCUCUGCACCCUUUACCUCUCUAUGCUGGUCUCUCUAUGGAUGAGCAAAUGAAAAUAUUUGAUGUAUCACUAUCACAGGGACCAAACGCCAUUCGAAAAGUAAUCGUUUCAACCAAUAUUGCUGAAACAUCCAUUACAAUACCUUCCAUUCGAUUUGUGGUUGAUUGUGGAUUUGUGAAAGAGAGAGUUUAUGACUAUAGAGCCAAUCGAGAUUGUCUUGUAGUGACAGAAAUCAGCAAGGCGGCUGCAGAACAGAGAGCCGGUCGAGCUGGCCGUGUAAGCCAAGGCAAAUGUUUCAGAUUAUACACAGAGGAAGAUUUUUCUAAUCUCAAAGAAAAUACCAUUCCAGAAAUUCAAAAAUGCAACCUCACGGAAUGCCUUUUGCAAAUGAAAGCAAUGGGCAUUGAUAAUUUGGUCUUGUUCGAUUUUUUGUCGCCGCCUCCUUCACAGAACAUGGCCAAAUCUUUGGAGACGCUUUAUGCUUUGGGAGCGAUUGACGAUGAUGGCAAAUUAACUCAUCCUCUUGGCAAACAAAUGGCAGAAUUUCCAACAGAUCCAUUCAUUUCCAAGAUAUUAAUCCAAUCGGGCUACAUGAAUUGCUCCUAUGAAAUUUUAAUUAUUUGUGCCAUGCUGAGUGUGAAAAAUGUAUUCGUCACUUCGCGCAGUAUUCAGGAUCGCAUUGAGAAUGCCAAAAAAAAAUUCUCAGUCAUGGAAGGAGAUCACCUUACAAAUCUCAAUAUCUAUCUGGCCUAUCUCAACAACAAGAAAUCGAGUAACUGGUGUUACGAUAAUUUUAUUAAUUACAAGGCCAUGCAAAGAGCAGAACAGUUUUACCAUCAAUAUGAAAAAUUCCUUAAAAAGUUUCACAUUCCAGUGCAGUCGAUUAUGGACUCUCCACACGAUUAUCCCAGUGACAUUAUUCGAAAGUGUCUAAUUACUGGCUAUUUCUCCAAUGCAGCACACAGGCAGCAUGACGGAUCGUAUAGAUCCAUUAAGGGUAAUCAAAUUUUACACAUUCAUCCCAACUCUGUUCUCUUCAAAUAUCCACCCGAGUAUGUUCUAUUUACUGAGCUCUUAUUCACUACAAAAGUGUUUAUGAGAGAUGUUUCGACCAUUCGACCAGAGUGGCUUGUUGAAAUGUGUCCUCAACUCUAUGAAAGAUCUGUGGAUAGAAAAGCGAGAGAGAUUGAAGCCAGACUAGAAGUUGUUGCCAACACUGCUGAGGAGGAAUAG